AUGCCGCAUGCUUCGUCGAAAACAAAGGAAAUUAAUAACAAUUAUUCCAAACAACAAUAUUAUACGACUACAGCAGCCUUUUCUUCCUCAUCGUCAUCAACAUCAUCUACCACGACAACAACCACAACAACAGCACAGCAACAACAAUCAAAUUCUGAAAGUGAACCUGAUUUUCUCAUAGGUUAUGGUGCUUUCGGUGUUAUAUGGGCUGUUACUGAUCCACGUACAUCUCGACGAGUUGCAUUGAAAAAAAUGCCAAAUGUAUUUCAAUCAGUUAUUGCAGCUAGACGAGCAUUUCGAGAAAUCAAAAUGCUUUGCACAUUUCGACAUGAUAAUAUUUUACAAGCAGUUGACAUAUUGCAGCCACCUGGACAAGUUGAUAUGUUUAAUGAAGUCUACAUAUUGACUGAGUUAAUGCAAAUUGAUUUACACAAAAUAAUUGUUUCACAACAAAGUUUAUCACCUGACCAUUGUAAAGUGUUUCUGUAUCAAAUUCUCAGGGGUUUAAAAUUUUUGCAUUCUGCUGGUGUUAUUCAUCGGGACUUAAAACCAGGCAACUUAUUAGUGAAUAGUGAUUGUUUGCUAAAAAUUUGUGAUUUUGGCUUGGCUCGUACUGAGGAAAUUGAUAAACAAAAAUGUAUGACACAAGAGGUUGUUACUCAAUAUUAUCGUGCACCUGAAUUAUUAUUAGGUACCCAUCAUUAUUCAUACGCGAUCGAUGUGUGGAGUGUUGGAUGCAUAUUUGCUGAAUUGCUUGGCAGAAGAAUAUUAUUUCAAGCAUCGUCCCCUCUAAAACAAAUUGAACUUAUUAUCAAUCUGCUCGGCACACCCACUAUUGAUGAGAUAUCGACAGCAUGCGAUGGAGCUAAAGCUUACGUGUUAUCGAAAACAUGGCGUGCAGCAAAAAUAAAUGCGUUACUCUCGUUAUCAAAGAAUGUUACUAGUGAUGCAGCGCAACUACUCUCUCGUAUGUUAACAUGGGAUCCGAAAAAACGAAUAUCAACUAGUCAAGCACUCGGUAUGAAGUUUGAAAAAAGAAAAAGUUUUUUAGUAUUGAGUAAUAUAUUUUAUUUUUUAAUUCAAGAGCAAUCUUACAUUCAUGAAGGGCGUAUACGUUAUCAUAGUUGUAUGUGUCGGUGUUGUUAUUCAACUCAACAAGGAAGACAGUAUACAAUCAAUUUAGAACCUGUUCGUGGUUUUCGUUACGAUGAUUCAGAUGAAAACUUUUGUAAUAUGAGACAAGCAAAAGAAUAUAUGCAUAAAUUACUAACUGAAUUUAGUCAAGCAAACACUGUACCAUUAAGACUUAACCAUGAUUCUCCAUUAUACAAAACAUUUGCCACAUCUCAAGUUGCUCAAGCACAUGAGCUACCUCCUUCACCUGUUGCUUGGGAUAAAUUGUAG